UGUUGAAAUUUAAUUGCUAAUUUGUUCUUUCCUAAGAUGUUUUCUAUUGAGCUAGACUAGAAUACAUACAGAAGGGAUCAAACUUGACAGAAAGUGAGCUGAUUUGAAAAAAUAAGCCAUGACAUGACAGUGACACUGUUGUUACCAAUAUGUCAAGAUUUAUUUGAGUUUCACCGCAGCUACUAAAAACACACACCAUGCAGCUCACACACUCAGUAAGCCAUCUAUGCUGAGACAGGCAGAAAACAAGCGCUCACCUUCAAAAGUCAUAUUAACUACAGAAAAAAACUGACUAUCCUUCAAACUCUCUCUGCAGUCUCGUCACUGGCCCCAUAUCGCUGCCUGUGGAGGCUGGCAUCAGGGCCAGCUGAUGUCACAGCAGAUCUGAGGCAGCUGUAGUCAUAGAAGCGCAGAAAUGCAGCUCAGCACUGCACCUACAGUGGGUCGCUGGAGGAGAGGAAAUCCGGACAGCCAAGGUCUGCUAGGUGUGCUGAGUGUGUGUGCUACGUUACUGCAGUUAUGCGCUGGCUGUCCUUCAGAGUGUGUGUGUAACUCACUGGAAGCUAACUGCAGUGGGCGGAGUCUAGUAUUUGUGCCCGCUCUCACUUCUCUCCCGGAGGGCACACAUACCCUCCUUCUGGCCAAUAACCGCCUCUCCUCCCUUCCCGUCUCUGCCUUCGCCAACCUAAGCACCCUGGAGACACUCGACCUGUCCAAUAACUAUUUGGAUAACCUGCCUUCCAGACUGUUCCGUGAGCUGAGUAACCUGAGUGAUUUGAGUUUGCGUAACAACAGCCUGACGGUUUUGGAUCGCGAGUUAUUUCGCGGCCUGACCCUGCUGCGGAGACUGGAUCUGUCUCUGAACGGCUUGGCCGCUGUGCCGCUGGGCCUGCUGGAUGAGCUGCAAGGGCUGACUUGGCUCUCCUUGGCUGGGAACAGACUUCAUGCUCUUGAGAGAGCCACAUUUGAGCCUCUCGUCAACCUUCAGCACCUGGAGCUGGGCAUGAACCCCUGGGAGUGUGACUGCAACCUGAGAGACUUCAAACACUGGAUGGAGUGGCUAAUAUAUCGAGGCGGUUAUGUCGAUGCCGUUGAGUGUACACUUCCGAAGGACUUAAGGGGUCGUGACAUCAGGGGUGUUCCUGUGGAGAUGUUCAACUACUGUCUGCAAUUGGAAGAUGAGAAUGGGGGCGGGGCUGGGAGCACAAAGAGUGGAUCUCCACCUUGUUUUCGAGGGACAGCCACUCCGUCAUCUGAUGGUGCAGUGGUGCGUACACCGGCGGAGCUACCAGACUGUGUGAAGCAGCGUUAUCGGCCGGUCAGUGUUCGCAGGGCGAUCGGUACAGUAGUGAUCGCUGGUGUGGUCUGUGGAAUCGUGUGUAUUAUGAUGGUGGCUGCCGCAACGUAUGGCUGCAUUUAUGCCUCUCUAAUGGCAAAAUACCAACGAGAGCUAAAGAAGAGGCAGCCGUUGAUGGGUGACGCAGAGGCAGAAGCCGACCCGGAGGAGAAACAUAUCUCAUCAGUUGCAUAGGGGAACGGGGGAGAGGGGUCAGAGUUCAGAGGUCAGCCACAAAUCUAAAGAACCCUUUACUGGUUGAGCUGCUCAUUUGAUGAUCAUUUAGCUGACCAGCGGAGGAUUCAUCAUCCCUGUUUCCUGUCUCUCUGUCCUUCCUGAGACCCUCUCUGACUCUCAGACUUACACUUUACUCAAUCUCUAAACUUUGGCCUAUGACCUUUGACCUAUUUGCCCCAGGACAAGAGGGACCACUCAGCACUUUAGAACUCCCCCACCCUCCUCCAGUGUUGAGAGGAUCUCAGCAGAGGAGGUGUGGUUGCAACUGUUCACAGUUCUGAACCCUGAUGUUUCUAGAGGAUUGUGUGCUGUCAUUAGCAUUAGCCUCUGUAGCAGCCUAAUCAUCAACCCAAACCUCUAAAUCAUAACUCUAAUCCCAACCCCAAUCCUAGACCUUUAACUCUAAUCCCAACCUCUCAAAACUAAUCCAAGCCCUCAACUCUAAUCCUAUCCCUUCAAUACUAACCCCAACCCUUACCAUAACCAUCACCUCUAACACAGUCUACACCGGGUCGCACAUGCAAGUGGCACAACACAUCAAAAGCCAAUGACACUCAUUAUAAUCAAUGCUGUCUACAAUAGAUACAUUCUGAUGCAUUGCACCGUAAACUGAUGCCCCAAUUUCUGACAUACUACAUGGGCUUGUCCAACUUCCGACAAAAUGACAAAUUGAUUUGUAAUGUUGACUUUAAAGUGUCCCAUGUAGACAGCCUCACUCUCGUGUCAACCGAUGUGCUCGGUGUAGAAAUGGUGUAAUCAUAAACUUCCAACUCCUCUACCAAGCCUAACCUUAAAUAUCCAGCUCUACUCCCAAACUUUAACCCUAAAUGUACAACACAAAUCCCGAUCUUACCACAAACCUUCUCCAUCCCUAAUCUAAACCCCCAACCCUAACGAGCCGACAGUAACCCAUACCCUAACCAUAAACCUCCAUCAUUAAUCCUAACCCUCAACUCUAACCCUAAGCCUCUGAACCUACAAACCUGUACCUCCAACAUGAAUCCCUACCCCUUACCAUGAGCCUCCAUCAUGAAUCCUAACCCCCAACUCUACCCCUAAACCUUCAACACAAUUCUGAACCACCAAAUCCUAACCCUGUAACACUGUUACCAUAAACAUCCUUGACUAAUCAUAACCUAAAAUUCUAACCCUAACCCUCCAACACUUAUCUUAACCCCCAACCGUGAACCUUCUACAUGAAUCCCUACCCUUGCCAAAAGCCUCUGUCACUAAUCUGAACCCACAACCAUAAACCGCCAAUUGUAAUCUCUGCCCUUAGCAUGAAUCUCCAUCACUAAUAUGAACCCCAUAACUCUAAACCUCCAUCACCAUUCCAAACAUCCAACACUUAUCCUAAACCUUCAGCUCUACUCCCAACCCAAACAUUAAACCCCCAAUACUAACUCUCACCUCCAACCUUAAUUGUAACCCUUAACCCUACCCCAGUGUGAACUUAACAUCAUAACCCCCACAUAUCAUAUUUGAAAUAUCCCCACCUUAUUUAUCAGCUAUAAUAUAUUCUAUACAAUGUGACGUGACCCCAGUUUUAUGUUUUUAAGUGUGAGGUUUGUCCUUUGUAUUGUGUGAUAAUUUGUGUUGAUAACAUUUUUUUGUUCGUUUACUGUUUACUAUUUCUCCAUGUUCAUCUCUAGAGGUCAGACGUGCUUUUGUACGACUAGAAGAAUCCAGCCCUGGUGUCUAUCGUGAAGUGUCUUGAAGUAUCGUGAAGUGCUAAUGUAGAGCAGGCUGAGGACUCUGUGAUGUUAGUGGAGGGUGGCAGAUUGUGGCUAUUGGAACUGUUAAUUACACCUUGGUGGCUAAAGAAGCACAGUGGCCCUACAGGAUAGCUGCCCUCUAUAAACAAAUCGAGAAAGACAAUAGCUGAGGAGGAAAUAAACCUUACCUUUAUUAAGAUAGACUUUUCUGUGCAAUAUAAAUCAAUGUCUUUGUUGAUCUGUUGUUUAAUUCUGGACUAGGAUGUCAUAUCUGAUUUAGUCUGAUCUUUUCUCUUGGGCUGGCGAUGGAAGAGAAUCGAUUGCGCCUGUGUGAUCAAUUUUCUGCUUGUGGACCAAUUUGCAUAAUCCGCUUUUCCUUGAGGGCAGAAGUUGUUUAGACUAAAUAAUUCAGAUAAAUUUGACUUGAGCUUUCAGAAGCCCACAGAUAUUCUCAAUAUAAGCUUUUCUGCAGCAAUCAACCUCAGCGACUGGAUGAAAAAAGGGAAAGAAAGACUGUCAAAAACUAGCUGCACAUUGGUUACAUGAACCAACAUACUCAUUUCCUCAGUAUUACUGAAAAUUUAGAGUCAGAAUAUAAUGUUGCUAAUAACGUCAAGAGUAACGUCAUCAUUGGGUGUCUUGCACAAUGCUGCCAUCUAUAGGAAGGAUGUGCAGUAGGCACAAGGGUGUGGAGCAAAUAUCACACCACCUCAUCAGGAUUUAAGAGAUGCUCUUCCGCUGUAACUAUAGCAACAGUCUUUCCCACACUCUAUUCAUUACCAAUGCAAAUUACUGAUAAGUUUGCUGGCAAAAAGUUGUAAAUCAAAGUACAACUCAUUUGUGUGCUAAUACCCACACCAGCAGUUAAGCGUCCAGGACUUUGUCUAUGUUCAGUGAUAUUUGCAGCCAUAAGCUGAGUAUAUAUAAGUACAGAUAUACAUUUAUUCAAAAGUAUGUUGAAUAUAUGUAUAUAUAUUUUAAUCUGUGUCUUACAAAUUAUUUAUGAACAAUAACUUGAUUGCAAAAAUUGAGUAUACUUUUCCCUGUGUUUCCUGUGCAAACUCCUUUUGUAGAGGAACUCUUAAAAAUUCUCUGUCAGAGAAUUCAGAGAAAACUCAUGAAUUAUUAAUGAGAGGAAUUUCGUCUAAUGGUUGCGGUCUCUCCUACCAUUACUGUUCAUUUAGCUCUUAUUUUAUACAGCAUGUGUCAAAGGCCUGUAAUCUGCACGGGGCGACAAAACACAUACCCUGUAUCCUCUGUUAUGAAAAAAAAA